CAGAAGUUGAAAGCUUUACGCUGUUUGCGGAGGUUGGAAGAGAAAUAAUGAAGCGGAAGAUAGAGGAUAUGGAGACAAUAGUGUGGCAAACUCCGGCCAACCCACCGGAACGACAUGACUACAUUUUUCGCGACCGCAUUCGCUAUGUCAAGCCAUACUACUUUGAGUUCAUCUCCCAUGUGAAGAACCGGUGGGCAGGGAAGACGAUUGUGGAUCUUUUUUCCGAAGAAUUUAAAGGCCGGCCUCGCGAUUACUAUGUAUCUGCUGUUAAAGCUGGACGGAUACAAGUUGAUGGGCAGAGAGUUCCUAUUUCAUAUGUAGUCCAAUCGUCACAGAAGAUAAGCCAUUUCUUACACAGGCAUGAACCACCAGUCAUGGCAUGGGAUGUUGAGGUACUGUGUAAAGAACCAGAGGUGCUGACUGUUUGUAAGCCUGCAUCACUUCCUGUGCAUCCAUGUGGGCAAUAUCGUAAGAACACAGUUCUUGGCAUCCUUCAGGCAGAACAUGGUUUGGCACCACUAUUUCCUAUUCAUCGUCUUGACCGCUUGGUCUCAGGGCUCCUUAUCUUAGCCAGGAGUUCUUCUAGAGCUGACAUUUUUAGACAACAGAUUGAAUCAGGAAGGGUGCAGAAGCAGUAUAUUGCAAGGGUGCUUGGAGUUUUUCCUGAAGAUGAGCAAGUCGUAAAUGCAAAUGUCAAUUACAAUGCUCGAGAAGGGAGAAGCACUGUGGAGGUGGGAGACAAUAAUAUUAAUGGCAAUGAUCCUGUAAAAGGAAAGGCUGCUUGUACCAAAUUUACACGGAUUUGUACCAAUGGGCAGCAUAGCAUUGUAUUGUGCCAACCAAUCACUGGAAGAACACAUCAGAUACGUGUGCAUCUACAAUAUACUGGUCAUCCAAUAGCAAAUGAUAUGCUCUAUCUCUCUGAGUGUAUUCCUCGUUCUGCUACUGGAAUGAGUGCAGAUAGAGCUGCUGCUAAGUCAGGCCAUUCUCUAAAGCCCACAGAUAUCGAAGGUGCUGCUGCUGAAUCUGAUAGUGGACCCAAUGAAGAUUUCAGUAUUGAUCCAAUGUGCACAAAUUGCCCAAAUCUGGCUCCUAAAGGAUAUGAUGGUGAUGAAGAGGGUUUAUGGCUGCACUGUGUUAAAUAUUCUGGACCAGAUUGGACUUAUGAAUGCCCUUAUCCAGUUUGGUCAUCCUUAAGCUAGCCUCUUCUCGAUCUUUUCUUUUUAUGGGCUGGCUAUAUGAGAAAUUUCGUAGUGCACAUAUAAACUGCUCUACGGUUUUAAGUUCCCAAUACUCAUUGUGUUCUCUGUAGCUGCAUCACAUUCCAACAACCAGCCUAGCAGUCCUGAAAGAAUAUUCAGUGUUGGAAUUGGAAGGCACCCGAACAGCUGUACUCCAGAAGUGAGGUGGUGGGAAUUGGUAUCUUGAAGUGAACUUUACACUGUUGCAAGUGAAGCCUGCCUCCUUCAAAUGAGUACACCUAAUCAUAUCAGUUGCAAAUUUGAUUCUUUUAGGAACGAAUUUGGAGCUGAAUGGUUCUUCCAUUUAUUUUGUUAUAGCCUCUUUUGUUUAACAUGAGAUUUCUGGUAAGAGGAAGAACAGCGGAACUCCGAUAAAUUUGAAGUUAGACUGCUAAAUAUAAACUAAGCUAAUUUAGCAUGAAAAGGAGAAAUGAGAGUAUGACUGGUGAUACUAGAUCCUAUUUUCAAAUAUUAAAAGAUAGUAACCCCAGUCAAGAUGGCAAGUGAUCCACACUUGUAACUACAAGGUCACGAGUUUGAAUCCUUGCCCCCUUAGUUUGAGCUGGUCGGUUAGCUAUGGUCUAUAGUUAAUUUAGGCUGGUUUACUUUUUUUGUGGUCCUUUGUCGGUUAUAGUCACAAGACGGAGUUGAAUAUGUAUUCUGUAGCCACCUUAGCAUUUGUGUACUUCGAUUAGGGUGCAUUUGCUCGACUGUGCCAAACAUAUGAUGGGUUUGUGAAAGUUGGAUCCCAAUUUGCAGUACAAGGCAGUGUCCUAAUCCAAAGCCCCAAACAUUAAAAUCUCAAGUGUAAUGCCCUCUUGCCUUCAAAAUGGCAUCAUUCUUUCUUUAAAAUCAAAAUAUUUGUCUUUCUAGUGUAAGUGUAGAUUUUCCCUUUGGCU